AUGGCUGACUCACCCUCCGAGGCGAAGCCGACAUCUGGCACCGGAGCGGCCGCCGCGACGCAAACGCCUAAACCCAAGGCGCAGAACCCGGCUCUUCGCAUGCUCGGCCUUCCCAACCUCCCGCGCAAGCUGCCCUCGCGCAACUGGAUGAUCUUCUGGGCCAUCACCGGCACCUUCACCUCGGCCAUAAUAUACGACAAGCGCGAAAAGAAGAGAGCGACGGCCAAGUGGCGCCGCGCUGUCGAGCCCCUCUCCCGCGAGCUCAUCCACAAGCCGAACCAGCUACCCCGAAAGCUGACGAUAUACCUCGAGUCGCCCCCUGGCGAUGGCCUGCGCGCGGCCCAAGACCACUUCAUCGAAUAUGUGAAGCCUGUCCUGUCGGCUUCGGGCCUCGACUGGGAGUUCGUUCAGGGACGUCAGCAGGGCGAUGUCAGGGCCGCCGUCGCCGAGAAGAUCAGGAGAUCAAGAUGGGUGGAGGAGCGUCCUGGGGAAGAAAUUCCCAAGACGGACGACAGCAUUGUUGAGGACUUGAGGAAAAGAAUGGGUGUCCCCGAGUACGAGGGGAUGAAGGGCGAUGUCGUCAUCGGACGGCACACCUGGAAGGAGUACAUCCGCGGCCUGCACGAGGGCUGGCUGGGACCGCUGGACGCUCCGCCGGACGCUCCGCCGCAGCCGGAACCGAUGGUUGAGACGAAACCGGCGACAGGAGAGGACGCGGCCUCGAACGAGGCAACUGGCGAGAAGGCGGUGAAGGAGGAGGCGAAGGAGGAGGUGAAAGAUGUCAAGCCCGCGCGACCACCACAACCCCGGCCGCACAACGCACCUGAGGACUACCCCUCCGCGAGCCUGCCCAUCCACAUACCCGUCGAGUUCUCCCCGUCGACUCCCAUACCCUUCCCCCACCGCCUGGGUUUCAGGCACACAUUCGUCCGCCUCGGUCGCUUCUUGAACCGCCGGAAACUCGCGGAUGACAUCGGACGCGAGGUCGCCGCCGCCUGCUUUGCCGCGUCGCGCGAGUGGCGUGAGGCCGACGGCCAGUUCGAGCAGCAUCUCGUCCACGAGCCUGAGGAGAACGACUGGCCCAAGAGCGUUUGGAAGGACGAGCCCACUGCCGAGGGUGACACACCCGCCGAGCCGGCUAAGGAAAAGAUUUGGACGUCGCCUAUGGUGCUCGACGCCCGCAUCGUUGAGCGCAUGCGCCGCUUUCAGAUGCGUCCCGAGGACGAGGAGAGGGCGGCCGGGAUCAUCGUGCCCGAGGAGGAGAUCGAAGGUUGGAUCAAGGGCAGCUUUAGGGGUCUCUGGCGGUGGGGUGCGGGCGCGUUCGAGAGCAAACCCAAGGGGCCGAACAUCGGCAGCCUUGAUGACGACUGA